AUGUCGUCGACGUCGAACGCCGAGGACAUCACGUUCCCUUCGUCGUCGCAGAGCUCCGUGAACCUGGCGUCAACAGCGGACCAAGAGGACAGCGGUGGACCCCCAGGGCUCAACAACGGAGACAGCGACGACGGCUUCAAGCGCCGCCAGGAGGAGCUCAACUACCGCCGCACCCACGGCACGUGCAUGUACUACCCGACGGACGACCGGCACCCGUGCCAGAUGCAGCGCUCGUGCUACGACUGCCUCAACUUUAACAUCACGACGGAGCCCGACGGCUGCUUCGUGAACCCCAUGGGGCAGUGCGUGCCCAACUUUAAGUACGACCCGGCGCUGGACUUCCGCCUCGGCGAGCCGUCGAACGACCUGGCGGCCGAGUUCGUGACCGCCGGCUACAACGGCACGACCGGCAACGGCUCGGAGCCGACGGCCGAGAGUCGGCAGGGCGAGAACCAGCAGUUCGACUUCCCCGCCGGCAACGCCACGUACUGCGAACCCGACGACGCGCAGUGUCUGCUGUGCCGCGCCACGGCGUUCGCCGAGAUCAUCUACCACAACUCGGACAACUCGCGGUCGCGCUACUGUUUGGGGCAGAAUGAGUGCGUCUGUGUUGCCAUCUGCGAGGCGCUGGAGAUAAACCACCACCGGCCGGAUAAAAGUUGCAUGAUCAACGCCAUGAGCACGCAAGACGCAAAUGUUGCCGUGAGUCAGGUGGGGUCCAUCGCUGCCAUUUUAGGGGCCAUGUGCUUCAUUGUCGCAUCCGUGUUCGUCAUCUACCGUAUCCGGAAACGAGGCGAAGGUUUUGCAUCCAACGGCGGCAGCGACCAGGAAAUCGGCAACGGCAACUGCAACAGGCAACACCAUAACCGACGAGGCAGUAAUGAUGGCGACCCGGUAGUCACCCCAGCGGACGGAGCGUCUCCCAUUGCAACUGCAACACCCGUUAUGAGAGCGGAGUCGGGGUCUGGGCUACUGUUGAACUUGUUCGGCUGGACGGCGAUGAGGGAAGUGUUGAUCCACAAGGAGCAGAUGCAAGCGGACGGGAUCGAGGACCCAGCGUUGGAACCUGUGAAGAAUAACAACGUGCAGCUGAUUGGGGCGGUGCCCUCCGCCCCCAUGGCAGAUGCGGAGUUACCGACAGCUCCGCCGGUUAUGAUCCCGUACGCGACGGCUGUGGCAACUGCACCUGUGGCCAUCACGGUUCGAGCCAUGGCAGCACCGUCCGCCCCGGACUUUGAGGAUAUGGACUCGAUUGACGGCGACGAUGUUGAUAUGGCCGAGCUUUGA